AUGCGUUUCAUUAGCUGCGUCCCAGUAAUCUCCGAAGAUGAUGAUACUGGCGUUGUCCUAUGUCAAGCUCAGUUUAGCGAAGACAGGUGCGAUAAUCUGAAGAACUUGCAACACAUUUACAUCAAAGAACUUAUUGCAAGUGAAGGCAGCGAGAUUGCAGCUGUGAAGAAUGUGUCUUUUGAAAAGUUGCACUGCUUUUCUCAUGCUGAUGCUUUAAAAUCCUGGUAUGAGUUACUAGACCUAUUGUCUGCGGGAUUCUUCAGGCUAGACAUGGACAGGUCAUGGACUGAGAAGGCACAAUGGAGGUUUUACUAUGUGGGUAAUACAUGGAAACUGGCUUUUGAAACUCAGGUUCGAGGCCUCACCAAACGGUUCUGCGAAUUAGAGUUGGUGCCUGCCCGAGAGAAGGAAGUUGAUCUUUUCGAGAUGAGCAUGAAGCUUUAUCAAAACUGUGUUACUGGUAAUCAAAAAAUUCACCGGCUUGAGCAGAGGUGCAAGGACUUACAAAACCUAGUCGAUGAGUCUCAAAAAAGGCAGGACGAAGAUCACAAGAUGAUAAAAAAGAGAGACGAGAGAACAAGGGCCUUUGUAAUUAACUUACUGAAUGAAAAGAAAGCAAUGAUUCGCAAAUUACAGAGACGUUUAGAAGAGAAUCGCGCACCAGAGGAUAUCCCUGAUGGAUAUCUUGUAAAUCGGUUCGUGAGCCAACCUGUUUCAAGAAUGACAUCUCCCCGAAAAAGAACCUCUCUUCGCAAAUCAGGCACACCUUCGCCAAAGAAAAGCACAAUAAAGUCCUUGGUGAAAGAGGAGGAAGAGGAUCAAUGGGAUGAUUUUGGCGGCAAUGACGUCGAAAUCUUGGGCAUAAACCGAGAGAGGACAGUGAGCGCCCCUAACUUGCGCUUAGAAACGCCUAGUCUCAUGAAAAACCCGUUUUUGGAUGAGACAAGGGAUUUAAACACUGUGAAAGAGCAGGAUUUCGCGUCCAAAGAACAGCUCGCGCCUUCAGCAGGCAGUGCUCCUGGCUUUACGUUGGACGUAAGCCAGAAGGAAGAAUCUGCAAUACCCGAAGUUGCAGAGAUGUCUUCCCAGAAAGAAGAAGAGGUGGAACAAGAGACGGGGAAAGCACCUGAGGAAGGUGUCAGGGAAGAUACCGCGCAAGAGAUUGGGAAAGGAACGGAAAAAGAGACAGAAGAAGAGACAGAAGAAGAGACAGAAGAAGAGACAGAAGAAGAGACAGAAGAAGAGACAGAAGGAUACACGGAACAAGACACGGAAAAAGACACGGAAGAGGAGACGGAAGUCGAAACAGAUGCCUGA